GCCCCCUCCUGGAGCGCGGAGCGGCCGAGCGGGCGGGCGGCCAUUUUGUGAGGCGGCAUCGGAGGUGCUGGCUGCAGAGGGCUCCGGGACGCCGUUCGGGCUGGGGCUGUCGGCCGCGGGGCGGAGGCACUCGCGCGGGGGGUAACUCGGGUCUGGGUUCUGGUGCCGCGCAAGCUCUCCCCGAACUAUUUCACUCGUGUCCUUCCAAAGUUCACCAGAGCUUCAGGAUUGACUUGGCCUCUACCUCUUAAGAAAAUACAUCUCUUGUUUUACAAGGUGUGUGUGGUUUCAGCGCAGCAUGGCUGUGGUCAUCCGUUUGCAAGGUCUCCCAAUUGUGGCGGGGACCAUGGACAUUCGCCACUUCUUCUCUGGAUUGACCAUCCCUGAUGGGGGCGUGCAUAUUGUAGGGGGUGAACUGGGUGAGGCUUUCAUCGUUUUUGCCACUGAUGAAGAUGCAAGGCUUGGUAUGAUGCGCACAGGUGGUACAAUUAAAGGGUCAAAAGUAACACUAUUAUUGAGUAGUAAAACAGAAAUGCAGAAUAUGAUUGAACUGAGUCGUAGGCGUUUUGAAACUGCCAACUUAGACAUACCACCAGCAAAUGCUAGUAGAUCAGGACCACCACCUAGCUCAGGGAUGAGCAGCAGGGUAAACUUGCCGGCAACAGUACCCAACUUUAAUAAUCCUUCGCCAAGUGUAGUUACUGCUACUACUUCUGUUCAUGAGAGCAACAAAAACAUACAGACAUUUUCCACAGCCAGCGUAGGAACUGCUCCUCCAAGUGUGGGGACUUCGUUUGGGAGUCCAACAUUCAGCUCGACCAUUCCAAGUACAGCUUCUCCAAUGAACACAGUCCCACCACCACCAAUUCCUCCAAUCCCAGCGAUGCCAUCUUUGCCACCGCUGCCAUCCAUUCCCCCAAUACCAGUUCCUCCUCCAGUACCAACAUUGCCUCCUGUGCCUCCUGUUCCCCCCAUUCCCCCAGUCCCUUCUGUGCCACCUAUGACCCCAUUGCCACCCAUGUCAGGCAUGCCACCCUUGAAUCCACCACCUGUGGCACCUCUCCCCGCUGGAAUGAAUGGCUCUGGAGCACCUAUGAGUCUGAACAAUAAUCUGAACCCUGUGUUUCUGGGUCCAUUAAAUCCUGUUAACCCUAUCCAGAUGAACUCUCAAAGCAGCGUGAAGUCACUUCCCAUCAACCCUGAUGAUCUGUAUGUGAGUGUGCAUGGAAUGCCCUUUUCAGCAAUGGAAAAUGAUGUCAGAGAGUUUUUCCAUGGGCUCCGAGUUGAUGCAGUGCAUUUGCUAAAAGAUCAUGUAGGUCGAAAUAAUGGGAAUGGAUUGGUUAAGUUUCUCUCCCCUCAAGAUACAUUUGAAGCUUUGAAACGGAAUAGAAUGCUGAUGAUUCAACGCUAUGUGGAAGUCAGUCCUGCCACAGAGAGACAGUGGGUAGCUGCUGGAGGUCAUAUCACUUUUAAACAAAGUAUGGGGUCUUCUGGACAAGCCCACCCCCCUCCUCAGACACUUCCAAGGUCAAAAUCGCCCAGUGGGCAGAAAAGGUCACGGUCAAGAUCACCACAUGAGGCUGGUUUUUGUGUUUACUUAAAAGGGCUACCAUUUGAAGCAGAAAACAAACAUGUCAUUGAUUUUUUUAAGAAGUUGGAUAUUGUGGAAGAUAGUAUUUAUAUAGCUUAUGGACCCAAUGGGAAAGCAACUGGUGAAGGUUUUGUAGAAUUCAGGAAUGAUGCUGACUAUAAGGCUGCUCUGUGCCGUCACAAACAAUACAUGGGCAAUCGCUUUAUUCAAGUCCAUCCAAUUACUAAGAAAGGUAUGCUAGAAAAGAUAGAUAUGAUUCGAAAACGACUUCAGAACUUGAGCUAUGACCAGAGAGAAAUGGUGUUAAAUCCAGAGGGGGAUGUCAGCUCUGCCAAAGUCUGUGCCCAUAUAACAAACAUUCCAUUCAGCAUCACCAAGAUGGACAUUCUUCAGUUCCUAGAAGGAAUCCCAGUGGAUGAGAAUGCUGUACAUGUGCUUGUUGAUAACAAUGGGCAAGGUCUAGGGCAGGCGUUGGUUCAGUUUAAAACUGAAGAUGAUGCACGUAAAUCUGAACACUUACACCGUAAAAAGCUGAAUGGGAGAGAAGCUUUUGUUCAUAUAGUUACCUUAGAAGACAUGCGGGAGAUUGAGAAAAAUCCCCCAGCCCAAGGAAAAAAGGGCUUAAAGAUACCUGUUCCAGGUAAUCCUGCAGUGCCAGUGAUGCCUAGUGCAGGGAUGCCCACUGCUGGAAUUCCCACUGCUGGAAUACCCGGUGCUGGGAUGCCUGGUGCCGGAAUGCCUGCUGCUGGAAUGCACAGUGCUGGUAUGCCUGCUGCUGGAAUGCCUGGUGCUGCCAUGCCCAGCGCCGGAAUGCCUGGUGCUGGGAUGCCCGGUGCCGGGAUGCCCGGUGCAGGGAUGCCUGGUGCCGGAAUGCCUGGUGCAGGAAUGCCCGGUGCCGGAAUACCUGGUGCCGGAAUGGCUGGUGCCGGAAUACCUGGUCCUGCAAUGCCUGGUCCAGCAAUACCUGGUCCUGCAAUGCCUGGUCCUACAAUACCCGGUCCUGCAAUACCCGGUCCCGCAAUACCUGGUCCCGCAAUACCUGGUCCCGCAAUACCUGGUGCUGGCAUCCCCACUGCAGGAGGAGAGGAGCAUGUCUUCUUGACUGUAGGAUCGAAGGAGGCCAAUAAUGGGCCGCCAUUUAACUUCCCUGGUAAUUUUGGUGGCCCGAAUGCGUUUGGGCCACCACUUCCCCCUCCAGGAUUAGGGGGUGCCUUUGGUGAUGUUAGACCUGUUAUGCCUUCAGUUGGAAACAGUGGUUUGCCUGGCCUAGGACUGGAAGUUCCAGGUUUUGGAGGUGCACCAAAUAAUUUAAGUGGGCCCUCAGGAUUUGGGGGAAUCCCUCAGAAUUUUGGAAAUGGCCCUGGUAGUUUAAGUGCUCCUCCUGGUUUUGGGAGUGGACCCCCUGGUCUUGGAAGUGUUCCUGGGCAUUUGAGUGGGCCUCCAGCCUUUGGGCCUGGGCCCGGGCCUGGCCCAAUACAUAUUGGGGGUCCUCCUGGCUUUGGAGCUAGCUCUGGAAAACCAGGACCUACAAUAAUUAAGGUGCAGAACAUGCCCUUUACUGUAUCUAUUGAUGAAAUUUUAGAUUUCUUUUAUGGUUAUCAGGUAAUCCCAGGUUCAGUAUGUUUAAAAUACAAUGAGAAAGGUAUGCCUACAGGUGAAGCCAUGGUGGCCUUUGAAUCUCGGGAUGAAGCCACGGCUGCUGUCAUUGACUUAAAUGAUAGGCCAAUAGGUUCAAGAAAGGUGAAGCUCGUUUUAGGGUAGCUGUUCACAUCAGUUCUUUAUAGGCUAUAUUUUCAUGUUGCUGUGAUUAAUGCAUCCAGAUUGUUUUCCUAGUAUUUCCAGGUUAGAACCUGUGGAUUGUUUCAAUUGCAGAUAGAUUGGUUUCUAUAACACAGAGCAUUGGUUGGCUGUUUACAACUCACAGAAUAAACAUUGCAAUUUGUUACAGUAAAGCUUAUCUGGAGAGAACACAAAAAUAAUUUUGGCAUACCAGUAGGUAGAAACCAUUUCUAAAACUCGAUCAUAUAUAUAAAGCUUAUCAAGGAAUCUAGAUUGGCUUUCUUUUAUACCACGUGGGAUGAAGAAAAUAGAAACAUGGGUAGAGCUCUCGUGGAGGGUGCUCUUGCCAGUUGCUGACAAUUAGAAGUUGGCUACUUUUGCAAUUUGAUUUAAAGUUGGACAUACUUGCUUUGUUUUAGGGUCAAAGCUUUGUCUAAAACCUUCAUUUUUCUUUUAAAAUUGAAUAAAGUCUCUGUAUCUGGA